CAUCCCUAUCAACCCCGAUGCCCCCCCGCGGUUGCAGGCACGCUCCUCAAGCGCAAGGUUUCACGGGAAGUGUAGGCGAAGGAUUUUCACCAGCAUGGAGGACACGCGUGGCUGUGGAGACGCCACAGACCCGGAAAACAAAGACUUGGAUAAUGAUUUUCCGCCGUCAAAGCUGGGGACCAAGGAGUAUUGGGAGGAUGCAUACCAAAAAGAGCUGGAGACGUUUAAAGACAUGGGGGAUGUUGGAGACAUAUGGUUUGGUGAAGCAAGCAUGAACCGUGUGCUGCGAUGGAUGGACAAAGCUGAGAUCCCAGAAAACGCUGCCAUUCUGGACAUUGGCACCGGAAAUGGAGCCUUUUUAGUUGAACUGGCAAAACACGGCUACAGGAACCUGUCAGGUAUAGAUUAUUCUCCAGCGUCAGUGGAACUGGCCAGAAAUGUUCUGCAGGCGGAGGACUUGACAGAUGUCACCUUAAAGGAGAUGGAUUUCUUAAACCAUCAAGGCCAGCUGAAGGACUUUGACGUCUGCAUCGACAAGGGAACAUUUGAUGCGAUAAGUCUAAACCCACACAACACAGAGGAGGGGAAACAACUCUACGUCCAGGCUUUAAAAGAUGCUCUGAAGGACCAAGGAUUCUUUUCCAUCACUUCCUGUAAUUGGACCAAAGAGCAGCUGUUACACAGAUUCACUGAAGGAUUUGAGUUUCUACAGGAGUUGCCAACACCCAGUUUCCACUUUGGAGGCAAAAAGGGAAACAGUGUGUCAGCACUCAUCUUCAAGCGAGUACAUUGAUUAACAAUUCUCCAGAGAGUAUUUUUUUCCUUUUUUGGAUAUUUUCUCAGUGGUUUUUAUUUUCUAUUUAUCGCAGGAAUUGAUAAUGUUAUAUCUAUUUUUAAACAAGAUUUGAUAACAUUGGAUUCUAAAAACAUGGAGUAAUGAAGCAGAUGUGUUUUGCGAUUAAGUUGGACAGUUUGGGUUCUGAUCUAUUAAUCUUAUACCGAUCCACAGUCCCUAAAACCAUCUGGGAUGUUUAGGCAAUUAUCAAGAUGAGUUGUUAAAUCUUAUUUCAGUUUCAAGAAUGUUUGUAUACAAUACAAAAAAAACUGCUGGUGGUUGUGAAAUGUAACGAGCAGUUUCUCAUAAACACACAAGUAAUAGUCACCGAAGACUUUUUAACUCACAUUGAAGGUGUUCUAAAAAAACAUGAUGUAAACCAGUUUUCAAAAGUUGAACACAAAGAGCUGAUACUGAGAUAAACUGAUUUUGUGUAACAAGAAAUGCUUCCACAUGAAACCUUUUACGUCUCAUUAACAGAAGUUCUCUGAGUCCUUUGAUGUCGUCCAGGUUCCCAUGUCUGUGGCAUUAGGAGCCUUUCAUAUGUGGACUCUUAGUCCCUGUGCACCCACUGACACUUGUUUGACUUUGACACAGCUUUCCUGAGGAUAUUUGUGGUAACAAGUCACCCAGACGGUUAUCCUGGCUUUGUUUGUUUGAUUUGAGUGAUUAUCACUGACCUAGAGGCUAUAAGUAGGGGAGGGGGCUAAAAGAAAGUACAUGUUUCCCUAUUUUAAUAAAUCAUUGUGAAACCCCUUAAAUGACUUUACAUGAUCCUGUUGGGUGUCCUGACCCACUGAUUUGACAACCACUGUUCUGUCUAACCAGGUACCUAAUUGCAUCCAUCUUUCAUGUCAUAUGAAAAAUAGCCUCCUACCUAAUUGGCUAAACUGGAACCCAGCAGAGCUUGGGGUCUCAGGGACCAUGAUUAAGAACUUCUGACAUAAUGAAUAAACAAGAGGCCAUGGCAUCUGUGAGCAGAGGAGCUUGUCUGCCAUUUCCUCUCUCAAUGGCAUCAUUAAUAACUGCCAAGCUCUGGAUCCUAAUUGCAGGCUGGGAUGGUGGCCCAAUGGGAGCCAUCGAUGUUGAGUAAACACAUGCAAGCUUUACAAGAAUUACUGCCUGGAAUUUUACAAGGCGCUGGAUAUCCUGCCUGGAUGUGCAUAAUAUGCCCGAGUUUACAGCUCUCACACAAAUUUUCCCAUGAAGUGAAAUCUCCUCUGUUGAGCUCCAGCUCAAUAAAACAUUUCAACAAA